CCACCUCAGUUCUAUUCGAACGGUCUUCGAGGUUGGUGUUGAGGUGUUUGCGCGUUACAAUUCGAACGUUUUGCUGUGGUCCAGCAAAAGGCGAACAUAUAACGUGUGUGCAACGUGUGGCGUAUUUGAAACGCGAGAUGUUGAAGAAAGUACGAGUUGAAGCCCGAUUGUGAAACAAGCAAGCAAGGAGGAGAACAUAAGCCGCGAUUACGACGACGUUUCGGGGGCAAGUGAUUUUGUGCGAUGAUGAGAAUCGAGUGUUCAAGAGCAUUAAUGUUGGAAAUAUGAUAAAGUGAUGCUGCUGAUAGCCAAAAAUUAGAAGAUUUGAAAUAAGUGUGUUCGUAGUGGAUUAAGUGAAUAUUUAUCCUAAUCGACCCCAAUCAACUGUGUCGAAACAAACGAAACUCAACAAUGAAGCUCAACAUGUCGACGUUCGGAGGCACCUUCCUGGCACCAGUUUCGAUGGCGAUGGUUUUCCUGGUGCUGGCCAUUUCGCUCGCAAGUGGGGCCCUGGUCCCCAGUAUGCAGUUGAACGCUGUCACCAACAGCGGAGGCCUCGGAGCGACCCGAGGAGCACAAGAAGAAGCAUCAAGUGGCGAUAAAAUGUCAUUAACCGACGCGGAAUCGCCUCGUCGGUUCCAUGCAAUCUUUCGUGCCUCUCCCGAGCCGCCAAAGCCCAAGUCGUCAUCGGCGACGGCAGCCACUGAAAAGAUGAUGAUGGGGGCCGGAGACCACGCGGCGGUUGAUAAUAGUACCAAAAAUGGAGGAGGCAACCACAAAAACCGUUCCGCUACCAAGCAGUGUCGCGAAGGUUGCUUGGGAAAGCGCUCCAUCAAGGACAUCCUGUGCACCCAGCAGCGAGAGUGCGCCAUGUGCUGGGACGUGUGCAACCGUAACCACCAGAUUCGGAAGGAGAACGAACUAACACACCGACUACUGAUCAGCCUGAGCCGUAUGAUCCGCAACGAAUCGGUUGUCACCGCUGACAUUGAGUGGACAACUCCGGAGGAGCUGCUGGAGCAUCAACCGCACCCGGUUGUUCCAUCGCCGCUAGCCGCUAGCGAGAAUGUUGAGCGACUGUCUAGGAUCGCGCGAGAUGGGGCCACCAACUCGAGCUCUUCGUCUGUUUCACGCAUCAUCCAAGCACUGAGCCAAGCCUCGUCGUUGCUCGGACCGGAAUCGAAGACGGUAACCAGCAGCGAGCAGCAAACCUUCCACCAGUGUCUCGUGUCGUGGGAGAUCUCCGGUGGUGGCCUCACCGGCAACCUACUGACCGAAACCGCCAAAGUCGAACUCUCCCUCUGGCCAAACACCAAAUACCAUGUUCACGUCACGUGCCGCAAUAAGGAAACGGACCAGCUGAUUCGAUCGCCCCCGCUGCUGAUCGACACCAGCGAGGCGUUGAUCGUGAGCCUACAGGGAACCACCACGACUACCACCUCCACCACGCGACCCCUGUCGAUCAACUCGGUGAUCGAGGAAAUCGACGUGAUCCAAGCUACAUCGUCCACGGACGGUGACAGCCCGGCACAGAACCAGCCGUACCACCACCGUCAGCACCUCUGGCCGAUGUACAGUGCCGAGCUGCCAGAGAACUCCAAGGAAAUCCUCAUUCUGGGCGUGUUCGUGGCGAUACUGGCCUUCGUGCUGAUCGUGCUCACCGUGGUGAUUCUGGUCCGGCGGAAGCAGGACCAGAUCGAGGACCGAGAGUUGCUCAUCGAGAGCGAGAUUCUGCCCAAGAUCUUGCACGUUUGAUAGGAUACUGCCUGCGACAGCGGCCAUCCUGAGGCGUCUUCUGUAAAUAGCUGUUUUAACUCUACUUAAACCCUUAAUUUAAUUGCUCUGUUUAUAUAUUUUUUUCUCGAAGGGAAGUCACCUUUUUCCCGUGUACAAUAUUGUGUUUAUUACCUUGAUUAGGCCUAUCACUUUGUUAGUUAUCGCGCUGUAUCGGCAAAAUAUUAACACGUGAAUCAAUGUAGUAGUAGUGAAGUUAAGGAAAGAGAGAGAGAGAGAAAGAGAAAGAGAGAACAAAAUCAAGAUACUAGUCCUUGUAUGAGUGGAACGCGAGUAUUGAGUGAUUUGAAGCGAAGUAAAACUGAUUGAAAGGAAUGAAACGGAAUGAAGAGAAACGAAGUGCGUCUAGUUAGGGCAAGAGAAAGAAAAGUUUUUAUCAAAGUUACUAGGGAAAUUUGCAGCGGUAAAUUCGAGUAAUACUGUAAAAUAGCGAAGCAAAACAAAAACCAAUCAUUCAUGUGUAAAUUGUGUAAAAAGACUGAAAAUAAUGUAAAAUAAAUAUUUCGAAGUAAUGAAUCUGAAGAAA